CAUUUUUCAUCUGGCAUUUAAAGUUAGUCUCUCCAAGAAGUAGGGUUUAAGACACUUCAUAGCCUACUUCAAUCCGUGGAACGACCCCUUUUUCAAUAGCUUUUGGUUCCUACUUCUUUUUGCUGGGAUUAAAUUAGAUUAGAUAUUCUUUGUGGCAUUCUUUUUGGUUUGAGUUCAUCUCACUCAUCAUAAUGGCUACUUCCUACCCAGGGCCCUUAAAGGUUGGUGCAUACUUUGUGGGACAAUAUUAUCGAGUGCUACGACAUGAACCUCAUCUAGUUCAUCAGUUUUACUCAGAUGCCAGUAGCAUGAUUCGGGUCGAUGGAGAUUCCUCUGAAUCUGCUUCUUCUAUGCUGCAAAUUCACACAUUGGCCAUGUCACUAAACUAUACUACAAUUGUGAUCAAAACAAUUAAUUCUCUUGAUUCUUGGAACGGAGGAGUUCUGGUGAUGGUCUCUGGUUCUGUUAAAAUCAAGGAUUUCAAUGGCAGAAGGAAAUUUGUGCAAACCUUUUUCCUGGCUCCCCAAUAUAAGGGUUACUUUGUUCUUAACGAUAUCUUUCAGUUUAUUGAUGAUGGAAUAGUUUAUCAACAUCCAGCUUCAACUUUACAAGAACGCAAGCUUGAUUCUAAACUAGAUGUAUCGAUCCCUGUUGCAAAGCCACCAGUUUCUGACGAAGUUUUUGAGGAAGAGAUCAGUAAGUAUGUCAGCUCUGUUCUUAUUGAAGAUGAUCCAGUUGAAAAAUAUAGUCCCCCAGAACAACCAGAACAAGAUGUAGAAGAUACUGUGCAAGAACGCCCGGCUACACCUUUGGAGGAACCUGUUGAGGAGCCUCCACGGAGAACUUAUGCUUCAGUUGUAAGUGCUCCUAUAUUGCUUUUUCUGCAAACGUUCUGUUUACACGUGAGUGUGCAUUUAUUACCCUUUGUAUUUAAGGUUUCUCACUCAUUGCUUCCUAUUUACUUGUUCAAUCAGCUAUACUUUUAUUUAAACAAGCCAUAUGUAUUUAUCCUUAAUGCAACCAUCAAGUAUCGUGGUGGCAUUCAUAACACUGGACUGUACGUUACUGAAUUGGGUAUUCCGAAGAGUCAAUCUGCUUCAUUUGUUCAAGUUCAACAUUCUUAUAACAAGAUUCCCCCGAGUACUUCAGAUUGGGACCAUACAGCAGAGUGUACUAGUCAGCAGUCACGUCCUGCUUGUCCAUAUCUGCCUGAAUCUGCAGCAGAGACAACCUCUGUUGAGUACUUCAGAAAUUGGAAUUUAAUCUGGUUAUUGAUGUUUCUCCAUCUAGGUGAAUACACUGGUGAAUAUAAAUCUGUAUAUGUGGGGAACUUGCCUCCUACUGUUACUGCCACAGAAAUUGAGCAGGUGUUUAAAAAUUUUGGAAAAAUCAAGCCCGACGGCGUGUUUGUCCGGAACCGCACGGAUGUUAUUGGCGUUUGCUAUGCUUUUGUUGAGUUUGAAGACCUCCUUUCUGUUCACAAGGCAAUCAAGGCAUCUCCCAUACAGUUUGCAGGAAGGCGAGUCUACAUAGACGAGCGCAGACCAAAUAGCAGCAGUUCUUGGUGGGAAGGAAGAAGUGGAAGGGGCAGGGGCAGGGGCAGGGGCAGUUAUCCAGCUGAAUCCUCAAGAGGUCGAAUUAGUUCUCGAAGUUUGGGGGUGGGGAAAUGA